UGAAGACCUUGGAGAAUUCUGUUCAACGAAAGUACCGCAGAUAUUGUAUGAAGACCUGGACUUUGACAACCUGAAGGGGAAGGACAAAGUGUGUAAGCGCGACGGUACUCGCUGACUACACUGCGGGCUGAGAUGGACAAGUUUUACAAUGAAAGCUGGGGUGGCGAGAAUUUCAACCAUCAGGAGAUUCAGAAGAACAUGUCACGAGAUAAGAGCUUGUGGGUGAUCGACCCAAAAGACAGAAUGCCAAAUCCGCCGAAAAGGAGAGUCACCUGCAACUACUGCAACCGCGGCGGCCAUCGCGACGACACUUGCCGGCUCAAGCCGCCCGUGUGCCACAUGUGCGGUCACACUGGACAUUACGAGCCGCGCUGCCCUCGCAAGAUCUGCGUCAACUGCGGAUCGCCCAACUUCAUGUACUCGACGUCAUGCCGCAACUGCACCGCGUGGCGCGCGCUCACGUGCGCCGAGUGCGGCCAGCACGGCCAUCCUGCGUCGCACUGUCCCGACACCUGGCGCCGGUACCACAACACCAUCGACGAAAACAUGCCUUUGGAGCAAUGCGGAGAAAAGCCGCAGUACCAACUGCAGUGCAGCGGCUGCACGCGCCGCGGCCACCUCGCGCACACCUGCCGCACUUUCCUCCCGCUCAGCUCUCUCCCCAUCUUCUCCCCCCGCGUCGCGCGAUAUCUCAGUAUCUACCCCUCCGCGCCUGCACACACGCACACACCCACACACGCGCCCAACACACACAAACGGCUCUCCAACUCGCCCACCACGCAUGAGACUCAUGCCAAUAAGAGAAGAAAUAUUUCUGACGGCGAUCUCCAUCGGUCGAGGACGGUUUCUGAAAAUGAGCAAACACGGUCGAGGAAAAUACCUGAAAGCGAGGCGAGGAUGAAGACAAGUUCUGAAAGUGGAUAUCGGGCGAGGAAAAACUCUCAAAAUGCGCCCGUCAGCGAACCGAAAGAAGUCAAAAAUGCCGAGGCAGAGAAGGCGCCCGAUUUUAUCCCUAUCGGAUCGAAUACGGACGGCAACGGCCAGGUGAUUCAGGACAAUGAGGUAUCCGAUACGAGCGAAGUCAGAACGUCGGCUCGUUUCUAUAUUAAUUUUGGAGUCAAGAGUAAAUUAUCGUCGCGGGAUGGUCAAGAUUGGCUCAAUCAAAGUAUAGAAAAAUUUAAUGUGGAUAUUCAAUACAACAAUGCCAAUUCUUUCCUCACUGUAGUCGGCACGGUAGGUGAUCAAGAGGCUUUUCAUUCGGCGCUGAAGGCGUGGAGCGGCAGGCCCGAACCCGCACCACCCAAGGCCAAAAAACAAAAAAAACUGCGACCAAACAUCAGUCUUAUGCCAAUAAAGAAAAAGGACAUUCUGCGCAAACUUAAAAAGCUUUUGAGAUGCUCAAAAAUGAUAUUGGUGACCCUAAAGCUAUUUUAAGAGAGCUAACCCAUUUGGAACACCGUCAUCAGAUACUAAAAAAACAGAAAGCCAAAAGACCUGUGCAGUUGAGUAAAAACCAACAAGAACUAGAUGAGAUGCUUAAGAAACUCAACAUGGUACUCCUCGGGCAAGCCGGUCUAGCCGGAGGGGCCGAAAGCUUAAAAAAGCUCUACUAUUGGCAAAAAAUAAUUACCAACAUCACCGACGAAACGGUGCCCCUUCCUUUACGUAAAAAAAUAAUUAAACAUUACCAAAUCUUGUUCACACCCGUGGCACGUAACGAUUAUGAGAAUUUGGUGGAAAAGUUUUACGCCACACAUCCUCUAACUCUCAAAAAUAAUUCACCAAGGGAUAACAAAAAUGAAAAGAAGAACAGGAUUGACCAACCACAACAUCCUUGUCAGCAAAAUAAUGAGAUAGUGGAUAUUAAAUCCACAGAGGUGGAUCAAAUGGUUACCCUUGCAGAACAGCAACCCUGGCAGCCUAAUAAAAAAGUGUUAAAUGUUAUCAAGAACAUGACCAAAAAACUGUCUUGCUUCCACUCGCGGCUGCUACAAAGGCAGUAUAAAGUUAAAGACCGCAAGGCGAUGCGACUCAAUAUCGCCAAUAAAAUACUUGAUGCUAAAAAGUGUUUGAGCGAAUUUGAUUGCUCGUCAAAAGAGCAAAUGGAAAAGAUUCAGAAUGCAAGGAAGGUUAAAAAAGAAGCUAUAGAUUUCCUAUUCGGGAAAAAACAAAAGAAAAGGAAUAACACUUCAAAAACAAAGUGAAACGACUUUGUACUUGACUUGUACACAUAGGCCCGGCGUGGAACGAAGGCGACAAGAAAAAGUGUGCGUUGUCAGAUUCGCUUUCGUCAUGCGCCGGUCAUGUGUCACGUCUCGCCACUUUUAUUGUGUAUAUCGAAUUGUGAAUAUUAAACGAACCUAUUCUAAAGCACAAAA